UUACGGGAUUGAACGACAGAACGCUAGAAAAGGGUGAAAGUACCUUCCCCCGGUAGAGUGGUUUCGGUGGAACGAUAAAACGAUUAAAGAAAACCCUUCUCCACACCGGAAGUGUUGUCGGUCUCGUCGACCGGCCUAUCGGCAAAUAUGAAGCAACUGGCCACAUAACAGUGAACCCGAGUUUUGUUUUGCGGCAAUCGACAUCCCAUCCGACGUAGCGAACGUGCGCUCACCCACCCUCUCACCAUUGCAUCUUCCGACGCUUCAGCUGUGUUGUGCCAGCCCGCUUUUAACACAUCCUCUCCCGUUGACACGAUUGUCCCGGGUUCGACAUGGGCGUGUGCCUUUGUAAGGACAAGGUCGAGGAAGGCUUCAUCGAUGAUAGCAGCCGGGAUUCGUACGCACCGAACGGCAGCGAUACAGGCCGACUAGCGGGAGGUGGUGGCAGCGGCGGUACCGGAAGUGGCGCUGUCAGUGGAUCGGGUGGACAGAACGGACACCACCACAUCCGUCACUAUUCCCGCUCAGAUCGGCAGAUCUCACUCUCCGACACGGUGGACAUGCUGGUGAACGAAACGCUCGAAAUCAUCGGUUCGAUCGUGGACAAUGAACCGGAAACACCUAGCUCGAUGGUGAUGCUGCACGAUAUAACGGACAAACCUUCCGGUUGGAUACAGCUGGUAAAAUCGUUAAUACGUGUCAUACCGCUCGACAACCCGAUGGGCCCAAGCGUCAUCACGCUGCUGAUGGACGACAGUCCGCUUCCGUCGAAAGAGUCCGUACUAGAGGUGGCGGAUAUGAUAACGCGUUCGAUUCGACGCACACCAAAGCGUGAGCGUAACAUGUGCAUCAUUCUGGGCUUCCUUGCGGAUCGACUUGCCGGUCCGUGUAGUAUAUCGGCCCUGUCGGAGGUAACGCUGGGAUACUUGCUGGGAAAUUUGGAUGAAGGAAUCCAUCCCGACGUAAUGUUAUUCUCGCUGAUUGCGCUGGAGAAAUUUGCACAAACGAGUGAAAACAAGAGCACUAUAAGGCGAAAAUUAGCGCUCUAUCCGGACAAUCCCCUGUUGCGACUCGAGAGACAUAUCGCGAGUACCGAUCACACCCUGCGUCAGGUCGGGUUUUGUGCUCAGUGGUGCUUAGACAACUAUUUCCUUAUUGAAGGUCGGCAAUACUCCUACGAGGUGGCGGAUGUUAGUAACGUAAAUGUGAUGCUCAACACGCGAGAUGUCAGCGAGUACCUGAAAAUCUCGGCCGAUGGACUGACGGCCCGGUGCGAUGCAUACUCGUUCGAGAGUGUCCGAUGCACCUAUCAGGUUAAUGCCGGUUGCUGGUACUAUGAGGUGCUGAUCAUGACACCAGGCGUAAUGCAAAUUGGUUGGGCGACGAAGGAUUCCAACUUCCUGAGCCAUGAAGGUUACGGUAUCGGGGACGAUGCGUACUCGAUUGCGUUCGAUGGCUGCCGGAAGUUGAUCUGGUAUAAAGCGAAACCGAUGCAGCACAAUCUGAACGUAUGGUCCGGUGGUUCGAUACUGGGUUGCCUGCUGGAUCUCGAUGCACGAGAAGUGAUAUUUAGUUUGGACGGUGUUGAAAGUGAGGUGCUGCGGCAGCUGUUUGAAUCGGGAGAUGCAAUCGACGGGUUUUUCGCUGCAGCCUCCUUUAUGUCAUUCCAGCAAUGUCGCUUCAACUUCGGUUCCACGCCGUUUGUUCAUCCGCCCAAAAACCGGACGUUUAUGAGCUUUAACAGUCAUGCUGUGUUAAGCGAGCAGGACAAGAUUGUUCUACCGCGCCAUCUCUUCCUGGAGCAGUUACGCAAGUUAAGCGUGCGGGAGGAUUCGUGUACACUUUGCUUCGAUAUGAAGGCAACGAUACGGAUCGAACCUUGCCAGCAUCGAGGUUUCUGUACGAACUGUGCCGCUUUGCUGCAGUUCUGCCCGAUGUGCCGGGCAGAAAUCGUUAGCACGGUACAGGAGGAAUCGGCUCCGGAGAGCACAAGUCCGGCACAGUCGGAAGCUAAUGAAGCAGGUGAUACAACAAACAGCGCUAAACCAAACAACAGCCUCGAAGAACAACUGCAAUAAGCACUGUCAUACGCGUCUGCAGUGCGGGUAAUGUUUAAAAUGGUAGCGAUUUUGUUAAAUUCUAAUAUUCUAAUCCUUUGCUGCUUUGCGCUUCUGUAAUGUUUCCAUCCAGUGUGCAGAAAAUGUGAUACCUUUCUAAUGAGAAUCGGAAACUAACUACAGAUCAGCGCAAGCACGAAACAAAAGUGAAGAAUACGUGUGAUAGAUAGAGGAGUGAAGAUAGCGAAUGAAUAGCUUCUGGCCUAAUAGAAAAAAACAAGGCUCCAGCUGUAAAAAGCCAUUAUUGUGUGUUAAAAGUGUGCGCAGAGGAGCCUCGACAUGAAACGUUGAGUGCGUGGACCAUGUACUUACGUACUGCAUAGUGAAUUAAAAUCUUUUUCCUUGGUUGUAUUACUUUUCACUAUUGCCAUCACCACCAAGUUGCCGGUUGUGCAGAAGAAAUUCACCUUCCGGUCAAUGUAUUUCGAGUUUUCGCAUCGUCUUCCGAUGACCGGCGUUGAGUUUCAGAAACUCUCUGUGCAAUGUUCGAGGAGGUUAGCUCGGACUGUAAUUGCGUCAGUUUUUACUGUUGUUGUAGGUUCUAAGUAUUAGGUUUUCCACUAGCUACGUUUAGCGUUUCGUUUUUAAACUCAUAUUGAACGUAUGUUCACUCAUCGAAGACAAUAUCAGUAGAAAGAGCUAUUUAACUAUUUGGAACAAUCAACACAGGUGCGGUUAUGCUGCUAAUGACCUAGAGAGCAGGCGUAUGUGGAGAAACAAACUCGUAAAUGCACCGCUAGGAGUUAAGGAUAAAUCGCGAAUCAAGCAACCGAAACGGUCUAUUUCUAUUAAGAAAAAAUGAAGGCCCUAUUAACAUCGAGUCAACCAUUGUUCAUCGUAUGGUCCGUUUUUGAGACCAUGAUUUCCCUUCUAGUUUCUUCUAGUUAUUUCUGGUUUCCGUUUCCCGUCAGUACAGUAAAGUUCUGCAGCAUCGUCUCAAUGCGGUCGGGUGAAAUGUAUUCGUCCAACUGAUUAUUUUAGCCAUAUUAUCAUCAUAUAUCAUGCUUUUAACUAUCGGACUAAAACAAAGGUUUUGUAACACUGCUAGGCACAAUAGCGUCCGUUAUUCCAUUACAACAGCACGCAGGAAGAUUAGAUAUAUUGUAGCAAAAGAUAUCAAAUGAGGAUGGUCGUUAAUAGCGCGUAAUACUAGAGAGAAGGAUUUUGAUGUGUUUAACAACAUUAGGCCUGUACAGCAUAAAGCGUGUGUAAAGAAGUUGCAGGAAAAGAGUGUAUAAAUAGAGUAACAAAUAUGACUAAUAUAUUUUUGUACACGCGCGCAAAAAGAAGAGAAGAUGCUGUACAUAUUUAAUUGAAAGUAUAUGUAUGGAAUCUUUCUACUGAACAGAAUAGUUUCAUUUAUCCAGGCACAUGGACUAAACCGAGUGGGAUUAUAA